UCUGAUUUUAAAUGUUGAAAAUGUUGAAAAUUUAAGCUCUAACACCUUAGUUUUGUUGUGUGUUUCUUAAUUGAUUUUCAGGAUUGCAGUAGUAACAGGGGGCAACAAAGGAAUUGGAUUAGAGAUAUGUAGACAGUUAGCUUCCAAUGAAGUCAUGGUGAUCUUAACAGCUAGAGAUGAGAAGAGGGGUACUGAAGCUGUUGAAAAUCUCAAAGCUUGUGGGCUAUCUGAUAUUUUUUUUCAUCAACUUGAUGUUACAGACUCUGCUAGUAUUGCUUCUUUAGCAGAUUACAUCAAAAAUAAAUUCGGAAAGCUCGACAUAUUGGUCAACAAUGCAGGGGUCAUUGGAGUCAUAAUGGAUGCGGAGUCUUUUACUAGUUUAAAGCUUAAGUCUGGAGAGAUUGUAGGUGAGAAGGCUGAAAUGGCAAAAAAGGUUAUAAAACAAACCUAUGAAACAGCAGAAGGGUGUCUACGAACAAAUUACUAUGGACCUAAACAGCUGUCUCAAGCUCUCAUUCCACUUCUUCAGCUCUCUGGUUCUGCAAGAAUUGUUAAUGUCUCAUCCGGUUUGGGGCAGCUAAAGAAUGUUACAAAUGAAUGGGCAAGAGAGGUACUAAGUGAUGUUGAUGGACUCACAGAAGAGAAAGUAGAUGAGGUAGUGAGUCGUUAUUUACAGGAUGCUAAACAGGAUUUGUUGGAGUCCAAAGGCUGGUCUGUUCUCUCUGCUUAUGUUGUCUCGAAAAGUUGA